AUGCUGGUGGUCCUGCUGACGGGGGCCUUGUUGGCACUGAGCUCAGCUCAGAGCUCAAGUGAAGAGACCAAGGAUCAAGAUGCGUACAUAUUUCUGAGGCCAUUUCCUGGAGGACACCCACUUGGACCCUCUGCUAGCAGUGAAAGCCAAGAGGAAACGCCUCCCCCAAGACCACCUCAUGGUGGAGGCGGUGACUCACAUUCUCACCUUCUACCUCCCCACCACCAACACAGACCACCCCAUGGUGGAGGCAACCAAUCACAGCCUCGUCCUCCUCGCCCUGACCUGGGCAAUGAGACACAGUCAUCCUCCUCAAAGCCUCGUCCUCCUCACCCAGACCUGGGCAAUCAGACACAGCCUCGUCCUCCUCACCCUGACCUGGGCAACCAGACACAGCCUCGUCCUCCUCACCCUGACCUGGGCAACCAGACACAUCCUCGUCCUCCUCACCCAGACCUGGGCAACCAGACACAUCCUCGUCCUCCUCACCCUGACCUGGGCAAUGAGACACAUCCUCGUCCUCCUCACCCUGACCUAGGCAACCAGACACAUCCUCGUCCUCCUCACCCUGAAUUAGGCAAUGAGACACAUCCUCGUCCUCCUCACCCUGACCUGGGCAACCAGACACAUCCUCAUCCUCCUCACCCUGACCUAGGCAACCAGACACAGCCUCGUCCUCCUCACCCUGACCUGGGCAAUGAGACACAUCCUCGUCCUCCUCACCCUGACCUGGGCAAUGAGACACAGCCUCGUCCUCCUCACCCAGACCUGGGCAAUCAGACACAGCCUCGUCCUCCUCACCCUGACCUGGGCAAUGAGACACAUCCUCAUCCUCCUCACCCUGACCUAGGCAACCAGACACAGCCUCGUCCUCCUCACCCUGAAUUAGGCAAUGAGACACAUCCUCGUCCUCCUCACCCUGACCUGGGCAAUGAGACACAGCCUCAUCCUCCUCACCCAGACCUGGGCAAUCAGACACAGCCUCGUCCUCCUCACCCUGACCUGGGCAACCAGACACAUCCUCGUCCUCCUCACCCUGACCUAGGCAACCAGACACAGCCUCGUCCUCCUCGCCCUAACCUGGGCAAUCAGACACAGUCUCAUCUUCCUCGGCCAGAUCUAGGCAACCAGACACAGACCAGCCCAGGAUCUGACUACUUCUUGUCCUGA